AAGGAUUGAGCGCUGUCCACGAGGUUUGAACCGAGAAUAUAUUUUAUGUAUCUGAAUACUGUUUUCACGCUGCUAAGUGUUCAAUCAUAUACAAAGCAGUGUUUUAGUGAAUGUGACGGCAGGCUGAAACAGUUGCAAUGGGUCGGACUCGACGCGGAGAGGUAAAGACACCGCUCUCUGCUCAGGAAAUGAAGAUGAUUGUGAUAUCGGAAAUCAUUCAAGAAUUAGUUCAGGCGCAUAACGAUAAGCGCGACGUUAAUUUGAACCGGGUAAAAUAUGACGUCUCAGCGCGGUACGGUUUGAAAUCGCAACCGAAGUUAGUAGACAUCAUUGCCGCAAUACCGCCACAGUUUAAGCAAAUUCUUCUUCCAAAACUCAAAGCUAAACCUGUUCGAACAGCAAGCGGUAUUGCUGUAGUAGCGGUUAUGUGCAAACCACAUCGGUGCCCACACAUUAAUUAUACGGGCAACAUUUGUGUAUAUUGUCCCGGAGGUCCUGACUCGGACUUCGAAUAUUCGACACAGUCUUACACCGGCUACGAGCCCACGUCAAUGCGAGCGAUCCGAGCUCGAUACGACCCCUUUCUACAGACGAGACAUCGGGUUGAGCAGUUAAAACAGUUAGGCCAUGACGUCGACAAAAUUGAGUUUAUUGUCAUGGGGGGAACAUUCAUGUCGCUACCGGAAAGCUACCGGGAUUACUUUAUACGCAAUCUUCAUGAUGCUUUGUCAGGACAUACAAGCGCAAACGUUGAUGAAGCUGUCAAGUAUUCGGAGCGAUCAAAGACAAAAUGUAUUGGUAUAACUAUCGAAACACGCCCAGAUUAUUGCCUUCAACGCCACCUCACCGACAUGCUCCGAUAUGGCUGUACGCGGUUGGAAAUUGGAGUGCAGAGCGUUUAUGAAGAUGUUGCGAGAGAUACAAAUCGGGGUCACACCGUGCAAGCCGUCUGUGAGACAUUUCACAUUGCUAAGGAUUGUGGCUUCAAAGUAGUGACACAUAUGAUGCCGGAUCUGCCCAACGUGGACUUUGAAAGAGACGUUUUACAAUUUGUUGAACUGUUUAAGAAUCCCAGUUUCCGAAUGGACGGAUUAAAGAUCUAUCCUACGCUUGUCAUCCGUGGCACCGGUCUUUACGAGCUAUGGAAGACUGGCCGUUAUAAAAGCUACCCACCAGCACUGCUAGUUGAUCUUAUUGCCAAGAUUUUCUCGCUGGUUCCUCCUUGGGUGCGGAUCUAUCGAGUGCAGCGGGAUAUACCUAUGCCUCUGGUUAGUUCAGGUGUGGAAAACGGCAACUUACGAGAACUGGCGUUAGCCCGCAUGAAAGAUCUUGGUCUUGUGUGUCGCGAUAUUCGCACGCGUGAAGUCGGCAUACAGGAGAUUCAUCAUAAGGUUGUGCCGUAUCAUAUCGAACUCGUUCGUCGAGACUACGUCGCUAACGGGGGCUGGGAGACUUUCCUUGCUUACGAGGAUCCUCAACAGGACAUACUCAUAGGGCUUCUUCGACUGCGAAAGUGCACGCCUGAACAGACUUAUCGACCAGAGUUAUUGGGUCAGCAAUGCUCGAUUGUGCGAGAGCUUCACGUCUAUGGAAGUGUGGUGCCUGUCCACUCGAGAGACCCAUCGAAAUUCCAGCAUCAGGGCUUUGGAACUCUGCUCAUGGAGGAAGCCGAACGUAUCGCCAGAGAGGAACAUUGCUCAAAGAAGAUCGCUGUAAUUUCCGGCGUGGGCACUCGAAAUUAUUAUCGUAAGCUCGGAUACGAGCUUGAUGGUCCGUAUAUGUCUAGAAUGUUGUGAUAGCUGUUUAUUAUUAGGCAUUUAUGAAAUAGCUCAGGAAGGUGUUCUGUUUCCUGUUGCAAGUCAGUCGUUGUUGAAACAUAAGUAAUAUCUAUCUUUCUUAUUCUUUAAUAAAGUCCGAAUAUCUAGUAUA